CCUUUGUUGGACCACUUUUGGUAGGUACUAACCACUGCACAUCAGGAACACCCCACAAGACUUGACAAAGUCACUCAGAUCCUUAUGCUUGUUCAUCCAUUUUUUCCUGCUUCCAACACAUCAACUUUGUGAACUGACUGUUCACUUGCUGCCUAAUAUAUCCCACCAAUUGACUUGUGCCAGUGUAACAAGAUAAUCAAUGUUAUUCAAUUCACCUGUCAGUGGGUUUAAUGUUAUGGCUGAUCAGUGUGCAUGUGUGAGUGUUCCUGUGUGUAUUCUUUUGCACUAUGGCACAGUGCGACAUAACGUGAUCCCAUAUGUUUUAUUGCAAGACUUAUUUCCCUUUUUAGUGCAUGACCUGACUGCUCAUUGGUGGUUAAGUGAGUGGGUGCAGUAGAGGAUUUGAGGCUUUCCUUAAAAGAUGGCCAUGGAGGACCAGGAAUCAUCCUCUGUGUGGACUCAGAACCCCAGUAAUGAAACCAACAAUCCAGCUCAGGUGCAUUUUGAGGGUGGAACCGUGGCUCAAAUUGUGUAUAGUGGAGAACAGCCAGACCGAGGACAGCAGCAGGUUGUAUAUGCCGCAGAUGGAAGUUCCUAUACUUCAGUGGAGACUGCUGAACACACGCUGGUGUACAUACACCCUGCUGAUGGAGCACAGGCUGUGUUUACAGACCAGCCCCAAGUGGCAUACAUUCAGCAGGAUGGUACAACUCAACAGGUCACAGUGUUAUUGCCAGGUGGUCAGAACAUGAAUGCUACAAAUCUACAUGUGCUCAGUAAUGUAGCAGAUGCCCCACAGGCUAUACUAGAGCCUGUUUCACAGAAUCAGCUGCCCCGGAGUACUCUCCCUACCAUCACAGAGCCUUCAGUCAGUCCCUUGGCAGCUACAGACUCUACUGUGGACUCUGAGGAUGAAGAAGAAGAUGAUGAUGAUGAUGAUGAUGAUGAUGAUAAUAGAGAUGAUUCAGAACUGGAUGAUUGGGAACCCAGGCCACCUCAACCGUUCACCCCUCAGCAUCUCUGGUGUGAGGAAUGUAAUAAUGCCAACCCAGGCGUGUGCUUGAAGCAUGGUCCUCUCUACCCAAUUGUUAACCGACCUGUGAUGUCCAAAGCUCGUGCUAGCCUUCCUCUCAUCCUCUACAUUGACCACUUCCAGGGAGGUGUCUUCUCCAAGAGGCGCAUUCCCAAACGUACUCAAUUUGGACCCGUGGAGGGGCCGCUGAUGCCACAGGGUGAAUUGCAGGACACCCACUUUCAACUUAAGUUAUGCAUGUUGGACCCUCAAAAAGACAGCGAACGAUCAGAGGAAUUGUGGAUUAACCUGUCUGAUGAAGAUCGCUGUAACUGGAUGAUGUUUGUCCGUCCUGCUGAAAACCACCUGGAGCAGAACCUGGUGGCCUAUCAGUAUGGCUCCGACAUCUUCUACACCACGAUCAGAAACAUUCCACCAAAACAGGAGCUUAAGGUCUGGUAUGCUGCAUCAUAUGCAGAGUUUGUGAAUAAAAAGAUUCAUGAAAUCACAGAAGAAGAGAGGAAGGUACUACGAGAGCAGGAGAAGAACUGGCCAUGUUAUGAGUGUAACAGGCGUUUCAUGAGCUCAGAGCAGCUCCAACAACAUCUUAACAUGCAUGAUGACAAACUGGACCUCAUACAAAGGCCAAAAGCACGUAGGCGAGGACGGGGCAGGAAACGGUUCAGUACUGGAAGGCGACCAGGCAGACGACCCAAAUUCAUCCGUCUGGAAACUCCACCAGAAGGUGCAGAUAAAAGCCAGGACUUUCUGGCAUUCUCAAAACUCCCAUAUGAGGAACAGGCAGGAAGGGUUAUGAAUGGGUUGAAGGUGGACGAGCUGGGAGAAGAUACUGUGGAAACUGCUACAGGUGGCACAUUAGAGACCCAAGCAGGACAGACUGACACUCUAAAUGAUGUGAAUGCUGCUGAAUCCCAAAUCUCAGCUUCUAAUGAUUCACAGGCUGAUAAAGAGGACCAAAAUGCAUCAGUUUCUACUGACACCCAUGUCACUCCCCAGGACAUGAGGCGUGCUCGGAGGAUCCGGAAUGCUGCCCUUCAGCACCUCUUCAUUAGGAAGUCCUUCCGUCCCUACAAGUGCACACUUUGUGGAAAAGCCUUUCGGGAGAAGGAUAAACUAGAACAACACAUGCGCUACCACAGCCGGGAAGGCUGCCGAUACACCUGCCACCAAUGCAGCAAAGGCUUUUUGAGCAGUACGGUCCUGGAGGAACACCUUCAAAUGCACUUGGAGCAGCGCAACUACUCCUGCCUGUUCUGUGCCGAGUCCUAUGACAGGCUGGAGCUGCUCAAAGAGCAUGUCAGUGUUCAUUUGGUCAAUGGGUGCUUCUCUUGUCCCUCCUGCAAGAAGACAUUCACGGAUUUCAUACAGGUAAAGAAGCAUGUGCGGAGCUUCCACUCAGAAAAGAUAUUCCAGUGUAUGGAAUGCGAUAAAGCCUUCUGCCGUCCGGACAAGCUGCGGCUGCACAUGCUGCGCCACUCUGAUCGCAAAGACUUUCUGUGUUCAACCUGUGGCAAGCAGUUCAAAAGGAAGGAUAAAUUGCGGGAGCACAUGCAGCGCAUGCACAACCCAGAGCGCGAGGCCAAGAAAGCUGAUCGCAUUCACCGCACAAAGUCUCUGAAGCAAAAGGAGCCCUCCACUGACUUUGAGAGCUUUAUUUUUAAAUGCCGGCUCUGCAUGAUGGGCUUCAGACGGAGAGGAAUGCUGGUUAAUCACCUGUCAAAGCGCCACCCUGAGAUGCGAAUCGACGAGGUCCCUGAGCUGACACUCCCCAUCAUUAAGCCCAACAGAGAUUACUUUUGUCAGUAUUGUGAUAAGGUUUAUAAGAGUGCAAGUAAGCGCAAAGCUCACAUCCUAAAGAAUCACCCUGGUGCAGAAUUACCACCCAGUAUCCGGAAGCUGCGUCCGGCCAGGCCGGGUGAGCCAGACCCCAUGUUGAGCACCCACACUCAGCUAACAGGCACCAUUGCCACAGCCCCUGUCUGUUGCCCACACUGUGCAAAGCAGUAUAGCAGUAAGACAAAGAUGGUGCAGCACAUCCGUAAAAAGCAUCCAGAAUUUGCACAGCUAGCCAACAGCAUCCAGGCUCCCUUAGCUACAACUGUCAUUAACAGCACUCCGGCCGUCAUCGCAACUGAUGGUACGACAACUGAGGCUGUGGUGACAACAGACCUUUUGACACAGGCAAUGACGGAGCUGUCUCAGACUCUGACCACAGAUUACCGCACAGUGCAGGGAGACUUCCAGAGGAUCCAGUAUAUACCUGUGACUCAGGCUGGAGGGGGUUUGGCCCAACCGCAGCACAUCCAGUUGCAGGUGGUGCAGGUUGCUCCGCCAUCAACCUCUCAGUCCCAGCACUCAACAGUGGAUAUGACCCAGCUGCAGGAUCCUCAUAGCUUUUCUCAGCACUCCAUUCAGGUGCAGCACAUCCAGGUUUCCGAAGCUGUGGGGACUGUGCAGGCCAGUGCGCAGGUGACUGGCCAGCCAUUAAGCCCUUCCUCUCAACAAGCAGCCCAUGAGAUAAAUUCAAGUCGCCUUCAAACAUCAACCAGUCAAACACAAGGGACAGUGCAGCAUGCUUACUUGCCUAGCAACUGGAACUAUCGGAGUUACCCCUCUGAGAUACAGAUGAUGGCUCUGCCUCAUGCGCAGUAUGUGCUAGCAGAUGCUGGCACACCUGUCACUGCAGCUGCUAACAGCAGCCAAGUCAAAACGACUCAUUAUGUGAUAUCUGAGGGGCAGACUGAGCUGGAUAAUAAACAAGAUAAUGUCCCACCCACCACCACUGAGGUAAACACUGACUCAUUGGAGCAGCCAUCUGCCAGUCAACAGGCUACAACCCAAUACAUAAUCAAAACCACAACUAAUGGAUCUGGUGCAAGUGAGGUGCAAAUUACAAAACCUUGAUGUGUCCCAUUUCCUGAUCUGUCAUGAUUUUACCUCAAUGUUAAUUUUAUUUAAAUUAAUCUUUUUUUAUGUUGAGAUAUUACAGUUUGCAUGUGAGAUUUCUUUGAGUAAUUGGGCAGAUUUUAUUUUUU